UCUCUCCUGCCCCCUACAGGUUCAGGGAUGUACGGCCAGGACGGGCUGAUCGGCGCCGAGGAGAGGAUCAUCAACAGCAAGCCCAAGAUCAACAACAACAUGCAGGUGGUUGAUGAGACUCUGGAUGUAAAGGAAGUGAUAUACAGUGCUGAGAGAGUCAGCGUUAUGCAUGGUGAUGAGCUGGAAUCCUACCGCCCUCUGGGCGAGGACUUCAGCUUCGGGAGCUCUGCUCUGAUUGGUCUGCUGGUGAUAGCGGUGGCCAUAGCAAUGGUGAUAGUGAUCAGCCUGGUUAUUCUGAGGAAGAGACAGUACGGAACCAUCAGCCACGGCAUUGUGGAGGUUGACCCCAUGCUGACCCCAGAGGAGCGCCACCUCAGCAAGAUGCAGAACCACGGUUACGAGAACCCCACCUACAAAUACCUGGAACAGAUGCAGAUCUAGGAUUCGCUGUGGCACCAAGCAGAGAGGAGGGGGCAACAUACUACUGACCAAUAACAAAACAUACUCCUCAAAAAUCAUUUGCAUAAUUACAUCAGAUUACAAUACAUAUAUUGGAUUUGUUUUAAACUGAUCCUUGACAAAAUCCUGCUAAAACUACUGCUACUAUUGUACUAUACAGCUCCCUUUGAAUCAUGUGGUUUCUUUUAAAAAGGAGAUGUACCUAUCUCUACGUUUUAUAUAAUAUGUGAUUUUAAUUAUUAAUUAUUACGAUUACUCUCUGAAGAUCAAGAUGUAUUACAUUUCUUCUGAUGUUUUUUUUAUUUUUUAUUUGUUGUUUUUAAAAACAUGCAACAAGGUAAAAACCAAGCCACGCAUGGAAGACUGACAACAUAGCGAUGGGGACACUAACGUUUUCUUUCCCAUCGUACCAGUGUCCCCAAAUACCUUCUGACGGUCUUCUCAUAAUAACUUGUUGUUGGUGUCUUUUUCAAUAGAUUGCUUGUAUAUGAAGGUUCUUUGUACCUAAUUAAAUGAUGUAUAGUAAAACUACAAAUGAGGAAAAAGAAUGAAAACAAAAUCAUGAAUUCAGAUACUUUCUAUUCUUUGUUAUGAUUACAAACAAAAUAUACAUAAACAGUUUAAAAUUAUAUAUAUAUAUAUAUAUAUAGUAGCUGUUUUUAUUCCACCAGGGAAGAUGUUGAGCCUGUGGGAUGGUGGCUGGGUUGGGAUGUUUUGGUGCGGGCAUGAUGCGGCCAGACAGACAGACAGAGACAGGAGAGUGGGCAGACAGACAGGAGAGUAGACAGACAGACAGGAGAGUAGACAG